AAUGUCCAAUACACAAUAUGACGAAAGCGGGCAAUUCGCUGGUUACUUCACACUAACAUUUUUAUUCUUAAUUUUAGUUCCACUAAGCUUAUCUACACUUUAUAAGCUGCUAUUCCAACAAUCACUCACUUACCCUGUAUUCCCAUACCCAAAGGAUACGCCAAAGCCUAGAUCAACUAGCAAAUCUAAGGUAACUAUUAACAGGUUACUCGUUCUGCUCGUUGGUUGGUCCUUGUUCGUUUACAUCGCUUUUAAAACUAAAGAUAUAAAACUCAACUACGAAGUUUACGAUCCUUUCGAGAUUCUUGGCUUAUCGACUACAUCUACUCAAAAGCAGAUUAGAAAGCAUUACAAGAAGUUAUCAUUGAAGUUCCACCCAGAUAAAGUUAAAUUAGCAGUCAACCAAACUGUAGAACAGGCUGAUAACUACUUUGUUAACCUCACAAAGGCCUACAAAUCAUUAACAGACGAUCAGACGAGACAAAACCUCGAACAAUUCGGUCAUCCAGAUGGCAAACAAGAAAUGUCAAUUGGUGUAGCCAUUCCAACCUGGGUCGUCGAUUCUGACUACUCAUUUUGGGUACUCGGCUUGUAUGCCGUCUUAUUUGGUUUAGCCUUGCCAUACUUCGUCGGUAAAUGGUGGUUCUCCAGCCGUUCACUCACCAAAGACAGAGUUUUGAAUUCAACUGCAGCCAUCUUCUUUAGAAAGCUCGAUGAGAAAGCUGAUUUUUCACAAUUACUUCACUUGCUGGCAACAGCCGAUGAAAUGUUAGCAGUUUUACCUGCUUCUCCAGUCGACAAAGGCAUCGCAAAGAGCGUCAAAGCAGCAGCAAAGCAACAUCUCGAUUAUGUCUUCCCAACUCAUGGUAUUUACACACGUACUCAAUCUUCAAGAGCCGCGGUUUUGCUUUUCGCUCACGUUUUACGCAUUGAUCUUCCAAAGCAAUUACAAAAAGAGCAACGUAGGAUCUUACCAAUUGCAUUGCACGUACAUAGAACCCUUCUUGGAAUCUCAUUAGCUCAUAAUUGGUUGCCAACCACACUUAAGAUUUCUCAACUCUCUGGUCACCUUCUCACAGCCACAAAGCCAGGUGACAGUGUAUAUAAAUCAAUUUACAACUUCCCUGCUGAACUCGCUGAAGAAAUUUCUGAGAGAGCUCCGUUCACUAUCGCUAGAGCACCUGAAGAUGAACGUAAAAAAAUCCUCAAAGUUGGUCAACCAGGUGGUGUCAAAGAGGAGCACUAUGAAGGUGUCAAUGAUGUCCUUGGGAGAUUCUUACAUGUAGAUAUUGCAGAUGCAAAUUUCGAAGUUGUCGAUGAACAAACAGUCACACCUGGUGCUAUCGUACAAUUCAAAACUAAAGCUAGGCUAGUUCCUGCACGAUUCCCAUUAGGAGAUGAUGGCACAAAACCAGAAGAUGAUAUUUUCAUUGAGAAGAAUGACACAAAGCUUCACACAGCAUACACGCCAUACUACCCAGAGGAAAGGCUAAUUAGCUAUAUGGUCAUGUUGACCGACGCAAAGACGUCAAAAAUUAUCGUACAACCUGGUAGAUUUACAAAUAUACCAAUAGUUCAAGCACCAAAAUACAAGAACAUAGUUAAAAGUCUAGACUUGCAAUUCCAGGCCCCACCACAACCAGGUGUUUACACAUUUAGAGCCGUUGUUUGCUCUGAAGUCCAGCCUGGCUGGGGAUUCCAAGCAGCAAGGACGAUGAGACUGCUGGUAGAAAAGCCAGCAGCACCAGCGAAAGAGGAGGAUGACAUUAGCGAGCCAGAAGAGGAUUCAUUAGCCGGACAGAUGGCCCAGCUCCGCGGAGAAUCUGUUAAGAAAGCUGACGCAGCCGAUUCUGACGAAAGUGGUACAGAUGAUGAUGACCAAGAGGAUGGCUCUAGUGAUUCUGAUAGUGAUUAAUAUGUUGUCAACUAAAUUGUAGUUUUUUUUUAAAUUUUAAUUUUACUUGCAUCACGUCCUCCUACUAGUUUAGCCGGAAUCCUUCAUUCAUACCAAACCACAUUCCUUUGGAUAUUCAAAGCUCAGUGAUACGCGCCGGUCGCAACUAGCUCUAACAAAUUAACUGCAAGAACAACAGAAGUAGGAAAAUGAAACUUCCAGAAGAACAUUCAAUCUAUUUACAAGCUUUCUUUGGUGGUAUGAUUGUCGUGGCUUUCCUCGCUCGUUUACCCGCCAUGAUUAACUGGGUUAUUGCUGGUGGUAUACAGCGUGCUACGUUCCUCCACAAGGGUGAAAUUGAUGGCCCAGGUGCAUACCCGUACUCUAUCGUCGCAAAGUCCCCCUUUCCAAACAGUCAAAAAUCAAAACCAAACAUUUUCGAGCGCUCAAUCAAUCAAAUAACGCCUACAGCGCACACGCCUUUGCCUGGUUUGUCACUUACAGCUGGACAGGCUUUCGUUUUCGCUUUAGCCACUGCCGCCAGCAUCUUCGUUUUUGCCUACGGUCCUACAAACCCAAUUGAGAACCCAGGCAGAGCUGGUUGGGCUGCAGUAGCUGUCACACCUGCCGUAACAGCUUUGGCCUUCAAAAACUCAAUUGUUGGUACUAUGGGUGGAUGGGGAUACGAGAAGCUCAACAAAUUGCAUCGUCUUCUAGGAAGAUUGUCAGUCUUGUUUGGGCUUUUACACACAGCUGGAUACGCACAUAUAUUCUCACAACACAAUACGGUUGCAUCUAGUUUGGCAAAGCCUAUGAACCAAGCUGGUAUUUUUGCUAUCAUCGGUAUGCUUCUCACUGCUGUAUUCUCGAUUCCAUGGUGCAGAACUCACUUCUACAAUGUUUUCUGGCAUUGUCAUUGGAUCGGCUAUUGGAUGUACCUCAUAGCUAUAAUGAUUCACUGGAAAUCAACCCAACCGUUCAUUAUACCAUGCAUUGUCGCAUACGGCAUUGAUUGCGCUAUGCGCUUUGCGAGAUCUAGAUCACGUUUAGCUGAAAUUACUCCACACCCAGCAGCUGGAUACACCACUAUCACAAUCCCUGACCUCCGCGGUGGAUGGGAAGCAGGACAGCACGUCUACGUCCGCGUUCAAGAACUCGGUGGAAAAUUUUUCGGUUUGGGCAACCUCAUUGAAAAGCACCCAAUCUCUAUCGCGAGCGCUAUUGGUGGUAGUGAUGGUCUUAGACUUAUCAUUCGCAGUAAUGGUGACUGGAGUAGUCGUGUUUUGGCACUCGCACAAAGGAAGCAAAAUGAGAUUACCUACGGCUCUGAAAAAGGUAACGAUAGUGUCCCAACUGCGGCAGUCUCAGUUGAAGGUCCUUACGGUGGACCAUUUUAUACGUCGUUCGGUAAAUCCGGUCACGUUCUUUUCCUUGCUGCCGGUUCUGGUCUUGCUUUCGUACUCUCUUGCGCUGAAGAUCUGGUCAAGCAGAGCAGAGGUGGACAUUGUCGUGCCACCACUUGUCAAGUUAUUUGGAUCGUCAGGGAUGUUGCAACAUACCAAGUUUUCCAUGAAGAAUUGAUGACACUCCUCGUUGCCGGAUCACUUGUUCCACUCGAUCUAACAGUUAAGGUUUACAUAACGAGACAUGUUAACAGCGCUGGCGUCAGCUCUGACGAUCUCAACUAUCUCUUACCACACAGGGAUGGUGAGAUUAUUGCAAAGAGACCGUCAAUUGCAGCCAUCAUUGAAGAUACCGUUUUCAUGGCCAAAGAUAGGAAUUGUACUUAUGGUCUCAUGGUUGGUAUUUGUGGACCACCAUCUACCGUAAGAUCAUGCAGAGCUGCCAUUGGUGGUGUUGAUCCAAGAUACCUGAAAGAAAUUGGUGGUGUACGCGAACACUGCGAAACUUUCGGUUGGUAAACACAAAACUGAUUAUAGUGGCUAGCGGGCCGGAAUACCUCUUUUGAUAUUAUCUUUACAUCUGAGUUGUUUUCAAUAUUUCUCAUUCUUUCACUGUUUUCAUUAUAUUUGUACACAAGAUAUGCAUAUAGUGCAGCGCACUAACUGAUAUUCGAUGGAAAUGAUUAUCUAAUAAAUAUUACUACUAAUAUAACAAAAAACAUAAUGAAAAUAAAUAUAAACUAAAGUCCCAUGAGAUUGUCUGGCGCGAUGUUGAGCGCUGUUUGACAAGUCUCGUCAUUUUGAUGUUCAAGUGCGUUCAAUGGCCAAAGUUCAUCAGUGUAUUGUUGCCAAGUCGUUAAGUUUGGAUUCAUGUAAGCGUCAAUAUGGCGGUUAAUAUAAUCGCUAGUUGGCAUAUCUGGUGGGUCACAGCCGACGUUACGCUCACCAACAGGUUGAUAAACGCGUACCCAAUCAACUGACAUUAUUGAAGGGAAUAUGAGCUCAUCCCAGUCAAUGUCACCAAAGUUGUUCGAUAUACCUUGGUUAAUAAGUAUGUACAUUGGUUCCUCCGGUAUAGUUCUUUGUCCAAUUUCUGUGAUUGGAUCUGGACCAAUGGCACCCGCUUUGACGCUCCAUCUAACUUCGUCGCUAACUGACCAUUUUAUGUCACCAUCGGCACCUGGAUGAUACUCGAAACCAUACUCAUCAUAGCAUCCAGAUUCGAAUUGAUAACAUUCUUGGUUUGUACGUAUAACACCACUAACGGAUUGUUGGAAAACACUUCCAUGGUAACCGUUCACUUCGUCAGUUUCAGGGUGUGUCAAUACAGCCAAAUCAGAUGUGUUGUCGUAAAGAUAGAAACUGUUAAAUGGUGCGAAUUGACCAGACAUUGAGAGGUGACCCAUACGCGUAGAUUGAUCUACUUGUGCUUCAAGAAUAUCGAUUUCAGGUGCAGAUCUACCUUUUAAGGUACCGUCUUCAUGCUUUGGUCCAGGGUGAUCUUGAUCAUCGCAUGUGCAUCUGGAUAAACGUUGUCCAGGGAGGUAAGAAACUGAGUAAUCAUACGCCCAAUCACCAUUGGUACGUGACUCAGGUGGAUAUACACCAAGUGAUUGGUUCUUGAGAGUACCGACAUCGCAGCUAUCAUAACUGUAUGGCCACAUUCCGUCUAGACUGGCACCAUAACCAGCACGACCGAGGUUACCCAUAGUCCAGAAAGCUGGCCAGAGACCCCAGACGUCUGAUGAACCUGGAAGUUGUACUGAUGCUGAAAUGUAUCCACCUGUGAAACAGAAUUUGUUCCAACUUGUCAAAAUUCCUCCUUCAUAUUCGAGAUCGUGACUGGCUACUUCAUCGAGUGUUAUUCUAAGUGCACCACCUUCGGUUGUUACUUGACGUGGGGAGUACCAUUCAAGAUUGUUUGUUCCCCAAUAGUGCAGAUCUCCAGCUUCCCAAAAUGGAUCUUCACCAGGGUAGAAUGUCCGUCCGUCGAUGUUAAAUUCGUCGGAGAAAACGAGCUCAUAGUCUUUACCGUCGUAACCUACUCUAGUGCGUGCUUCUUCCGGUGUGUCAGGGUCAACUAAGCCACGAUGGCCACUAAUGGCAGCUAUCUGACCAGUUGAAUUGAUAAAACCAAUAUUAUAUCCGCCU